GUACAACAAUAAAAACACAGCGAUUUUUUCGCGAACACUCUCAGCUGCUCGUGAACGUCAGAGAGGCUUUGCUAACGGUGAUCCCCAGUGAAAGAGCUCGUUACGCUCCGGCGCUGCGCAGCCUCAUGAAGCGUUUGCUGUGACUUUCUGUUCGACCUCAGCGAAUCGGCGACGUAUUGAAAUAUCCAGAUUGCUCGACCAGCUCUCAAGAUUCCCAAACGGAGGAACAUGAACUACGUGCCUAGUCCGCCGCGCGCGGGAAUCGUGCAGCCGGCGUCGCAGUGGAGCCAUGCGGUUCCAGCCUACAUGCCAUGGGCUCAUCAGAAUGCCCCUGCACACUUCAUGCGCUUCCAAGGCGGCCACAUGCUGGCUCCGGGGCAGGUCAUGGUUCCUGGCGGCGCGAAUACGGCUUCGGGUGAUCUCUACGUGCAUCCCGGCGAUCCGUGUUCUUCGAGAAUGAUGCCGUCGGCGCAAACGGUCCCAAGCCCGUAUCCUUCGUUCCCUUCAACCUCGUACUGCAUACCACGCUUCAAACGGAAAAUGACAAGUGAUCCGUGGGAACCGAUUCCGGCGAAGCAGCUCGUAACUGAGAAGAUGCUCCAACGGCUGAAUGGGCUCAGUUUACAGGAGCCAUGCACAAGUGGAUAUGUCCCCAACAAGACCGCAGUCAACAGGCCCGCGGCUGCGGACGGGCUGAUGGCGGCUGAGGAUUCCUUCGAAUUCAACAAAGCGAGCGACAAUGCGGUCAACAACACAGAGAGCAAUCUCAUCUUCACGGACGCUCUGAAAGAAAUCCAGCGCAGCCACCUGAACGCUUCCUCGUUGGAGGAACGACUAGCUCUCAAUGAGGUCAAAAAAGCCACGAUGGCGAUAGUUCCUUGGUCCCCUCCUAUCAUUCCUGUCGAAGGGGAGAAGAAAUAUCAGGAUUUCCUACAGCCGCCAGCCAAAGACGAAGAGGAAGAUAAUGAAGCGAGCAUGGAGAUGUGA